GCGGCAUCAGUUCCUUCUACACAACAGCAGCAGUAGCAGCGAGCGCAACGCUAGAGAGCGGCGGCAGGGUCCCUCACAUGAUCGUUUUGAAAUGUUGGAGAAACUACACUGUACAACAACCUUUAACUCCAGAGUCAAUGCGGCGAAAUGCACUUUGAAGGCUUUUAAAAUGCGCCCUAGUCGGACCAUAUUUAAGUUGAAAUAAGGAAGAGGUCGGAAGAACUAAGAGGGGGAGAUUUCCUAAGGAUGAGUAUAGACAAAGGGGAGACAUUCAGGCUUUAGCGGUUGGAACCACCAGAACUUGAGUCUCAGGAGAAGGUGCGUUCCUAUUUGGACAGCGGAAUCUUUCUUAUUUUUUGGAAUAAUCAUGCCAGUUCGGAGAGGUCAUGUUGCGCCACAAAACACCUUUUUGGGGAUAAUUAUAAAGAAAUUUGAGGGACAAAAUAAGAAAUUUAUUAUAGCCAAUGCCCGGGUUCAGAACUGCGCCAUCAUCUACUGCAAUGAUGGCUUCUGUGAGAUGACCGGCUUCUCGCGGCCGGACGUGAUGCAGAGGCCGUGCACCUGUGACUUCCUCCAUGGAGAGUUCACCAACAGACAUGCCAUCGCCCAGGUAGCCCAGGCUUUGAUGGGGUCUGAGGAGCGCAAGGUGGAGAUCACCUACCACCGCAAGGAUGGCUCUGACUUCCUGUGUAACACCCACAUCAUCCCAGUGAAGAACGAGGAGGGCGUGGUCAUGAUGUUCAUCCUCAACUUUGACUACGUCAUAGAGGAGGACAGCAGUGACUCUUUGGAGAGACUCAACCACACGUCUCCUGCCAAAGCUGAACCACGGAAAGGUAGAUUUUUUUGUUUGCGGCUGCCAGCCUUACACCUCCUGGGCAUCAGUAAGCAGUCCCUCCCUCAGGAGGACCCUGAUGCCGUCAUGAUAGACUCGCCCCGCCGCAGUGAAGAGUCGGUGGCCACCCGCGACUUCCAGUCACUGCCCACCCGGGAGAGCUGCAGCCCCUCCUACGCCAACGACACAAGGGCCCUCAUCGGUCCCAGCCACUGCUCCACCCCUGUGUCGGGACCCCUGGACCACUCGUCCCCCAAGGGGCCCGUCUGGGACAGUCUCGUCCCCCAAGCGGUUCCCCAGCCCCAGACUGUGGGCCCUCUGGCCCCCACCAUCCCAGGCCUGACCCCCACCGCGUCCAGGGAGAGUGUGCGUAGUAUCCGGAGGGCCUCCUCCGCUCAGGACAUGGAGGGUUUCGGAUACAACUCCAAGAUGGCCUUCAGGGACCGACAUGCCAGUGAAGACAAUGGCCGCAAUAUCAAAGUGUCUCGGUCCUGGAUGGCUGGGGGACCCAUCAACCAGAUCAAAUCCAGUCUUCUGGGCUCCACGUCCGACUCCCACCUCAACAGAUACAGCACAAUCAACAAGAUCCCCCUCAUCACGCUCAACUUCUCAGAGGCCAACAACGACAAGAAGUGCCCCUCCCCUCCGUCCUCCGAGAAAACCAUCAUCGCCCCAAAGGUCAAGGACCGAACGCACAACGUCACCGAUAAGGUCACACAGGUGCUAUCCCUGGGCGCAGAUGUGCUUCCCGAGUACAAGCUCCAGACGCCACGCAUGGACAAGUUAACCAUCCUCCACUACAGCCCCUUCAAAGCGGUGUGGGACUGGCUCAUCCUGCUGCUGGUCAUCUACACGGCUAUCUUCACGCCCUACUCCGCCGCCUUCCUCCUCAACGACCUAGAGGAGCAGAAGAGGAGGGAGUGCGGCUACUCGUGCUCGCCGCUCAACGUGGUCGACCUCAUGGUGGACAUCAUGUUCAUCGUGGACAUAUUGAUCAACUUCAGGACAACCUAUGUGAAUCUCAACGAGGAGGUGGUCAGCCACCCGGCGAAGAUAGCCAUCCACUACUUCAAGGGCUGGUUCCUCAUCGACAUGGUGGCGGCCAUCCCCUUUGACCUCCUCAUCUUCGGCUCGGGAUCGGAUGAAACCACCACUCUGAUUGGCCUGCUGAAGACCGCCCGGUUGCUCCGACUAGUUCGCGUGGCCCGUAAGCUGGACCGAUAUUCAGAGUACGGCGCCGCCGUCCUUAUGCUCCUCAUGUGCAUCUUCGCCCUCAUUGCCCAUUGGCUGGCCUGCAUCUGGUACGCCAUCGGCAACGUGGAGAAGCCCUAUUUGGAGCACAAGAUUGGCUGGCUGGAUAACCUGGGCGUGUCCAUUGGAAAGAGGUACAACUACAGUGACCCCAGCUCUGGCCCGUCCAUCAAGGACAAAUACGUCACGGCCCUCUAUUUUACCUUCAGUAGUCUGACCAGCGUGGGCUUUGGCAACGUCUCCCCCAACACCAACUCUGAGAAGAUCUUCUCCAUCUGUGUCAUGCUGAUCGGCUCCCUGAUGUACGCCAGUAUCUUCGGUAAUGUGUCGGCCAUCAUCCAGCGGCUGUACUCUGGUACGGCGCGGUACCACCUGCAGAUGCUCCGGGUCAAAGAAUUCAUCCGCUUCCACCAGAUCCCCAACCCACUGAGGCAACGCCUGGAGGAGUACUUCCAACACGCCUGGAACUACACCAACGGCAUCGACAUGAACAUGGUCCUAAAGGGUUUCCCAGAGUGUCUCCAGGCUGAUAUCUGCCUCCACCUCAACGCAAGUCUGCUCCAGGGCUGCAAGGCGUUCCAAGGGGCUACUAAGGGCUGCCUCAGGGCCCUGGCCAUGAGGUUCAAGACCACCCACUCCCCACCGGGCGACACACUGGUCCACUGUGGAGAUGUGCUUACUGCCCUUUACUUCUUGUCCCGGGGCUCCAUCGAAAUCCUCAAGGAUGACAUCGUGGUGGCCAUUUUGGGGAAGAAUGACAUCUUUGGGGAGAUGAUCCACCUGUACGCCAAGCCGGGGAAGGCCAACGCGGACGUGCGGGCGCUCAGCUACUGUGACCUGCACACUAUCCAUAGGGAGGAGAUCCUGGAGGUGCUGGACAUGUACCCCGAGUUCGCCGACUACUUCCUCAGCAACCUGGAGCUGACCUUUAACCUCCGAGACGACAGCGGCAAGCCUCAGAAUGCAGAGUCAGUCUACCCCUACCCCAGUGAUGCUGAUGGGGAUGACAUCAAAUGCAAAAGAAGGCUCACUAACAAGCGGAAAUCUUCCGCAGGGACCCAGAUCAAAGAGACGUCGGUGUUCUGCGAUGGUGGUGAGCGGGAGAGGCAGCUCUACCCCUCCUCCCAGGCUGUAGCCACCAUGGCAGAGGAGAAGAGAGACUCAGCGGAGGAGAGGGAGGAAGAAGAGGAGGAGGGGGAAGAGGAGAGGCCUCUGUGCUCGGGGGGGCAGGGUUACCCCUCGUUGAGGGACCACACCUUGGGACUAGGGCUGGGUGACGUUGUUCCGGACGCGCAGGGAGGAGGGGACAACGUGGAGAGGAACCAGUCUUAUGAAGACCUGUGUGUGGAGGAGUGGGCGUGCGUGAGGCCCAGGGAAGUGCUGGAGAAGUUGGCCCAGGCCCAGGAUGCCCGAAGUGGGGUCGGGGAGGAGGACAGUGAGCCGGACAUCACCUACGGAGAGGUGGAGCAACGUCUGGACCUGCUGCAAGAGCACCUAAACAGGCUGGAGUCCCAGAUGAUGUCAGACAUCAAGGCCAUCCUCCAGCUGCUGCAGAGGCAGACCACCGUGGUUCCCCCGGCCUACAGCAUCGUCACCUCCAGUCCAAAGUACCAGAGGCCUGCCAUCAGGGUGCAACCUGUUUCUGCCAUCAGGAUCACAGAGUCUCAACACAGCCUCAACCCUGCACCACCACAGAAUCCUGAGACGGAGAAGCCACUGAACAAAUCCAAAGAAACCAUGUCAGGCCAGGGUCCCACGGAAAUGCCCCUGGAAGAGGACCUCAGGGCGGGACUGCUAGAGAAGGACACAGAGCCCAGACACAUACAAAACAAAAUUGACUCUCCGGAGCAACAACAACAACCUAGAGCCCUCUUCCCCUCCGCCAGACAAGCCUCGCUCCCCGACGCAUCACCUGAAAAUUCUGAAACGUCAGGACUCCACAGGCCGGCAUCCGAUCCUGGGCUUCUGGGAAAGUAGGCCCUUUCGCCUGCCUGCGCCCCUCUUUCUCACUACGGAAAACUAGGGCUUCUCUCAAAGUUUGACUCAGGGUCUUAGAAGGAGACUGUAUAUGCAAGGAAUACUGGCAACUUUCUUCCAUUCCUUUUCCAAUAUUUUCUGCCGGUCUCCGAUUUAGAUGUAUUAUAAAGUACAUUUAUACAGAGGUAUUUAUACCGUAUAUUAUUGAUAUAUGUAAUUAUCUACCAUGUACAUAUUUCAGAUGUAACACUGCCAGCAACACAAAAGGCACCUAACAUGCUUGUUCUUCCAAGAGAGAGAAAUGCAUGUUUUGGAAGUGUUUUUCUGUUGCAUGUUCAAAACACAACACAUCUCAUGCACUGCACAGUCAUGGUGUGAGGUCGGCAUGCUUUCAGAGUAAUGAGUAUCCGUUUUAUAAUUAUUCCCAAUCGAUGGGGACAAAGCUACUUGAAACUCUCUUUCAAAGGCAUUUUCAAUCUGAAAAUAAGUGUGCCGUUUUAAACUCAUCGUAUUAAUGACCUUAUCAAACAGACACCAUGUAAUGUAUUUGGCUAAUUAACAAUCUCCAGGCCCGACAUUAUAUAUAAUAAUAUUUCAUCAUAUAUUGUGCCUAAGUACCUACCGUCAACUUUCAAAAAGUCAUCUGAUCAUAAGAGACAAAGAACCACUAUGUAAAAUACAUCUUCUAUUAGAUUAUAAAUACACAGAUAUGCAAAUGAAUAGGAUUUAAAUGGUUGGGAAAGCUCUUAUACAAAAGUGUCCCUUACAUUGCUAAAGCAUUCCUGAGAGAGAUGAUUUGUAAUCACUUUGCACCACAAGUCUCUUUCAUGGGGCCAUGAAAGCAAUAAUGAUAACAUUAAAACAUUCAUUUACACACAUUAAUAAUAUACAUAUUUGAUUAAUGCCUAGAAAUGAACACGGGUAGAUGCCCAAAAGUCAAAUGUGCUCUUAAAAACUUGUACGGCAUGAAUUAAACAGAAACUAAAGGACUGUAAUUUACAAAAGGGAUACUUAUCCACUUGAUGUAGCUACUUUCCUCCCUGAAUAACUGAAUAUAAUGUUUUACUAUUGAAAAUAUUGUCAAAAAAUAAUUUGAUGGGAAGUGUAUGCAUAUUUAUGAACUGUAAAAAUAUGUCUGUUUUUUAGGUAUUGUAUUAAAAACGAUUUACUUCUGUAACCACACACGCAGAGGCAUGAACAGGGUGAAUAACGUUUAUAUGUCAUAUAUGUAAUCGAUGUGCUGGAUCAUUUCUCUCUUGAAAGGGCCUGCACUUAACGAAAUGCAUAUCAUUGUAUAAAAGGAGUGGUAACCCAACAUUAAAUGUUCAGAUGUAGAAAACUACAAUGAAUAGCAACUGUCUAAAGCUGAAUUGCUCAGAUGUAUGUUAUUUGAAUUGUAAUAAGAGGAAUCAGGCCAAAUUCUAUUUCAUUUUACUAACUAGUUAUAAAGUAGUUAAAUGUUACCAAUUAUUCAAAAGGUACAGUAGACAUAGCAGCUUGACAUCAUACAAACAUCCUAGUUUCAGAAAUCAACAACAUUGUAAUCUGCCACUAUUGUCUAUUGCCAAUCACGCAAAGGAAGAGCCAAUAGUAGCAGUUUGACAGAUUUGAUUCUGUUGUUGAUGUCUAUAAGCAGGAAGUAAACCCGCUGAGUCUACCUUUAAUUGAUACCUUUCAUAAGUACUGUACCCCACAAUCUUUAUAUGCUCCAACUCUACUUUCCAUGCAUGGUUAGGGGCUUCCAUUUAUAUUCCAAGAAAACUGAUUUUAUUACUAUUUCUAGCCAAGUGACAAAAUCAAUGCUGAGACGGUGUCAGAAACCGACAACGUAGAGAUUCAGGCCGAGCUAGCAGCUUAGCCCUCGUUAGCCUUAGCUUUACUAGCCUACAUUAGCCUUCACAAAUGUCCUAAACACAUUUAUUCAGCUGAAUAAUAUGCAUUCAACAGUCAGCAAUGUAAAUGUAUUGAAUAUGGACGAAUUCUGCAUGUCACAAAUGAAUUAGUCAUUUUAGUUUUAUGACUUAUUUUACACAAACACACUCAGUUAGAUGUGUGAUAUUGCAUGGAUCAACAUCAACUGGCAAUUUGUUUUAACAGACUUCAAAACAACGUGUUUGUGAUUUAUCAUGAAGGGGAGAGUUGGUGUUAUAAAAUGAUAAAUCAUUGUAAUAAAUACACCCUAUUUUUCUAUAAGAGAAGAACACUUAAUUUUCCAUGAUUUUAAAAUGUUUUAUGUGUUUUGGUUCAAUUGUUUAUCAGCCCAAGAAGUGAGUGAGAUGCAUUAUGAGGAACACAUAUCACUCUCCCAUAUGUAGCAAUUAACAGAUAUACUUAUAGCAUUGUAGUCAGGGCAAAUGGAGUCUAGGGAAGUCAUAUCCAUUGGGAAUACUAUAGCUAUGCAUGUUUUGUAGCAGUACUUAGUUGGGUUUGAAUUAAAGGCAGACUCAGCAAUAUGACAUCAUCUAAUUGCUGAGUCUACCUUUAAUUUCAGAUUUCACCGGCCCUAUCCUACGAUUUGUGCCCACACACAGCUAUAAGCCUUUUCGGAGGGCACAGGUCUUUUGCUGCAUGUCAUUGUAAUGCCAGAGUGGCCACGACUACUCAAUCUCAGUUUUAAAACCCACCACAGAUGGGCUGAAACCUUCGUAACCCUGACAAAACAAGCUAAGGUGUUUCUAGUAUAAGCUUUCCAGAGCACAGAUACUAUACAAAGUAACUGAAACAAGACAUGUCCAAUGCCUGAAGAGUGCCCCACUGAACUUUUCAUAGAGUGCAAACUUUUGCACAAAAAAUAAAAAAAUCUAGUGCUGUUCACAAUUGUUUUUAUUCAUUUUUGUAAUGUUUGCCACUGUAUUUUAUACAAUGCAACACUUAACAGCUAAUAUGAAUGUUUCUGUCC